AUGAGAGUGUGUUCUCUGCAUUUUCACUCGGGUAAACCAUCAUAUGAGAUGUUGGAGAAUCACCCUGACUGGACACCAUCCUUGCGGGGCGGACAGUGGAGCUCAGUGUGGCCGGAAGAAGAGGACUUUCGAUCGGACACUACGCCGAUUUUGACAGUGAUCCUCGAGUCGGUGUUCAAUCGGCACAGAGCCAGGGGGCGGGGCUGUGGGUGUCCCCUCAUGGAUAGCCCUCAGGUGUCAGCUGACCGUAUCCCUGGCGAUGUGAAAAAAGAGGAGGGGCCUGCAGUAGAAAGGCCAGAGUCAGUUGUGUUUUUAUGUAUAGAGGAGAGCUCGAGGAUGACCUCAGAUGAACACUCCACCGACUCCGCCUCCUUCCCCAGCCUGACUGAUGUCAUCACAGACAAUGACAUCACAGAUGAUGUCACCACAACAGACCUUACAACAGAUGAUAUCAUCACAGUGAGCGUGUCCCCAGAACCCACACUCACAGCCGAUUGGACAGGAAGUGCAGCUGCAGCUCCGCCCUUCUCUUCAACAGGCACACCCCCUUGUGACCAAACCACACCCCUGUCUAGACAAGCCCCUCCCCUUGAACCAUUACCCUCACUUCCUGCCGCUCUUCCUCAAACCUCAUCAUCAAUCCCUCGCACUGCGUCUGAGGCUUCUCCCACUGGAACAGGGCCUGAUGGGGUGGGGCCUGCUGAGGGGGAGGAGCCUGCCACUCAGGGGGCAGGGCCUGAUGAUCAGGGGGCGGGGCCUGCUUCUCAGGGGGCGGGGCUGUACCAGGUGAAGUGGAUCAACUGGAAGCACAAACAGACUCCGGUCGUCACUCAGAGUCAGAACGGACCCUGCCCCCUGCUGGCUAUCAUCAACACACUGCUGCUGCGAUGGAAGGUUAAAUUUCCUGCUCAGACUGAAGUUGUGACCACAGAGGAGCUGAUGACACAUCUGGGUGAAUGUGUCCUGUCCGUCACACCGCGAGAGAAGAGCCAGGGGGAGGAGCUUAACUUCCAGCAGAACAUCAGUGAUGUCAUGUCGGUGCUCCCAAAGCUCUGCACUGGUCUGGAUGUGAACGUUCGUUUCACUGGAGUCUCUGAUUUCGAGUUCACUCCUGAGUGCAUCGUGUUUGACCUUCUGGACAUUGCAUUGUACCACGGCUGGCUCCUGGACCCACAGAGUCCGGAGGCUGUGGCUGCGGUUGGAAAACUCAGCUACAACCAACUGGUGGAGAAGAUCAUAGACUGUAAACACUCUUCUGACAGCAGCAAGGUGUCACAAGGUCUGGCAGCAGAGCAGUUCCUGGACUCUACAGCCUCUCAGCUCUCAUAUCAUGGUCUGUGUGAACUCACCUCCAAAGUCACAGAGGGAGAGAUCUGUGUCCUCUUCAGAAACAACCACUUCAGCACCAUGGUCAAGACCCAGGGUCACCUGUACCUGCUGGUCACAGACCAGUUCCUGUCGGAGUCCGUGGUCUGGGAGUCUCUGCACAACGUGGAGGGAGAUGGGAACUUCUGUGACGCAGACUUUAGGCUGAAAAGACCAGACCCGGUCUAUAACCAGUCUACAGACCAGGACUUCUUGGUGGCCGUGUCCCUGCAGCAGCAGGAGGGAGACCCAGUUUCUCUGAGCGACGCAGAACUGGCAAGACAACUGCAACAAGAGGAGUACCAGAGUACUGCAAAUACUGCAAAUACUACAAGUACUGCAAGUACUGCGAGUACUACAGCUCCUGCACAGGCCCGGUCUCAGACCCAGUCCACCCGAAGAAGGGACAAAGACUCGGACUGUGUCCUUUUCAGGGGGCAGAAGUACGACAUGCAAAAUGGCGCUGUCACUGCGUUACUUCCGGUCCUCUCUGAAUGCGGAAACAAAAACAAACGAGCGUGGAUUUUACACAAACUCUGCCUCAGGAACCAGACUGAAGGAGGACCUCGGACUGAAGGAGGACGGGACCCUGAGCCUCCCGGAGACCCACGACGUCUUAAGACUACACUAGAAUUAACAGUUCGGUUGACCAUGUGCCGCUUUGCACUGCAGCUGCGUGAGGCGGUGAAACAGCGUCUUUUUGUGGCAGUGGAGGAAGUGUGUGAACUGUUGGAGAAAAGCAUCAGGGACUAUGAGGAGCUCCUGAUGAGGGAGUACGAGAGGAGACAGAGGGUGCUGCAAGCUGCACCAGGUGAUGCUGCACCAGACUGUCCUCUGGGGGCAGCAGAGAGCACACUACUCAAACAGGAGGAGGAGCCAGAGGAGGUCACGAGUCAGAUCUGUGAAGCGGUGAAGAAGGAGGAGCAGCUGUCAGAUGCAGAAGUGAGCUCUGCACUUCCUCAGUUUGACCAGCAGGAGGAGCUGUCCCUGCAGGCCUGGACAGAAGAGUCAGACGACACCGAGGGGCUUACAGGAGGUGUGGAUGACUGCGAACUUCCUCCAGGGGGCGUGGCUGACUGUGGACCUCCUCCAAUGGGCGUGACUGACUGCAGACUUCCUGCAGGGGGCGUGGCUGAGUGCACACAGGCCCCUGUGACGAGUAGGGGGCGCAGGCCUCCUCAGCGACGUGUCCAUGAGUGUCCCCUGUGCUGUCUCCGAUUCCAGUCGAGCUUUAACCUGGAGACGCACCUCCGUGUUCACACCGGCGAGCGACCGUUUGUCUGCGGCGUCUGCGGGAAGACGUUUAACCGGAAAGACAGCCUCAACAACCACCGCAAGAUCCACGCAGGAGAGAGCUUCAGCUGCGAGCACUGCGGCAAGAGCUACAGCGACAAGUCUAACCUGAGGAGACACAUGCUGAGUGUCCAUGGCCUCAAGGGGACAGCGAGGACAUGA